UCCAGCGGCCGAAAGCUCCAGUGUGGUCUAGUUGUCCGUUUGGCUCAACACCAUCGUCCUCAUCCCAAGCUCCAUGUGCGCCGCCCAGACAAAUACAAGUGCACUAAAGUAUCGUUCCACUUCUUGUUCCUGACUUGUGGAUUCAAUAUUGGGAGAACACAAUCCCGCAAACUUUCUACCUACCACGACGCCCACUCCAAUUGCUAUUGCACAGACAGUCCUAAGCCCAUCAUGAUAUCCGACAACGAUCUCUACCGCCUUGCGAUUUUUCUUGGCUCCGCCGCCAUGGUUUUGAUCAUUCUUUACCACUACGUCGAAGUCAAUAGGGAAGAGGAGCAGCCCGCGAAGCCUGUCCAGCCUGCCAAGUCCGCAAAGGCUGUGCCGUAG